UUAAAUACUUCUUUCAGUUGUUUUAUUUAACGCAGGCAUAAAUACAUAUUAUUUCCUACAAUGAGUUUGCACAAACGGAAUCCUAGUCACAUCUCAAUUUACGACUAUCCCGAACACCUGAAUCCCUUCUACGAGGAUGACAAUCACAAGCGACUCCGAUUCUGGAAGUUUAGCAAAAAGAAGAAUGAUAAUGGCAAGCAUAGUUUGUCAAUUGGAAAUCUCCAGGAAUUAUGGAAAUCGUACUCGUUUCGUAAAAAGAAGUCUUCCACAUUGGGAAUAAAUAAAACCUCAGAAAGCCCGCCGACACUCAGACGUGAUUUAAAUGACAAUUCGUAUAUGAAUUCCAGAAUCUUUAGAGGAGACCGCCACACAUCAUUGCAAAACAUUGAUACGCGGAGAGAGUCGGAUUCGAAUGGAAUGUUUUUCCAUCGAAAUGUGGGAUACCGAAGCACAACACAGUUUUCGGGAUACUCCAUGCCGCAUCAUCAGAAUAUAAGAUCCUCGCAAACUAGUCUGAGCACAAACCCCUUCGAAUCGGAUGCCGGCUCAUCGUGUCCCAGUUCCCCCAUGAGCACCAGGAAGCAGUAUCGCAAGAAGAGGAGAGCUCCGCCGCCACCAAAGAGAUCAACGAUACCGGACUACCUAGCUACCAAAGACAUUGAGUCACUUGCCUCUGAAAUUGAAGAGUUUGUCAACAACAGAAACGAAUCUACAAUAAAUCCACCAGUUGAAAAGGAAGUAGUUGUUGAGAAGCUAUCAGUAAUUGUGCCCGUAUCUGAUAUCGAACCUAACCCCAGCACGUCCAAAGCACCGCAGCAAUCUAAUGAAUCUGCCAAACGCACAGACACUGAACAAGAAAAGGUGUCCGUUGUUACGGUCACCAGGUCCAACCCCCGCAUGUCCACCACUCCACCACCACCGCCACCCUGUAUUGCCAGCGUGCACUUGAAGCAGUCCCUUGAGUCGGAUCUUGAGAGGCAACCACUACCACCAGUCCCAGUCACAGUCCUCCCUGAGCCACUGAAGUCUGCUAACCCAUCUAACUCCAGCACGUCCACCACACCGCCCCCUCAUCCGCAGUGCAUUGCCAGUGUCCAUGUAAAGCAAACCACUGAAUCCAAAACUCUAAGCACCGAUCGCAAGCCAAAUGAGGCCAAAGAAAGCAACCAACUUGAUAGAAACAGUGUCUCAAUUCGCGACUCUAAUAGCCGAAAAGAGACUUUAGUAAUUAAUGGCAUUUCAAAGGAGGCUUCCGAGCCAAGUCAGACAAGAAUUGUAAAUCAAUCACUAACCGUAACUGAAUCUAGAAGCCAAAUUGAGCCUAACAAGCCCUCCAAUGGAGUUUUUCAGCCCGAGGAACAAGCUCAAAAUGGUGAGGAAAGCAUCAUUCAGGAAAGGAAAACUAAUUCCUUUGGAACGGUCAAGCAAAUUUCACAGAUUUUCGAAGAGAACAUUAGCAGUAGCUCGAGUCUUGUCAAAGAAAAUCCCAAAGCAAGCUCACCGAAGCCAGAGAACCUUAACAUUUCAAAUGCUUCCCCUCCAACGAGCUUACCGGCGGCCACUGAAGUUCUGCAGAUAAAAGAAGAUUUUGAGUUGGAAAAUCCGACUGGAAUUUCCAGCCGAUAUAACCAUAAUGGCAGCAGAGCUACAACCUCGGCGGAAUGGGAAAGGGAAGAAGCAAUGCCCACACCGCGGAUGCGGAAGAAGAAGUCCAUCAAGGAAGUCCUCGAAUCCAUUAGUCGCAAUCAGAAGAUCCUAAACGAGAGUGCAGCCAAGGGCACAAAGGUGUACUUAACACCAACGUACGCUGAAAAUAGGUACAACUAUCCCAAUGAGUUGAACAACGUCAGUCUGCGAUCCUCCAAGGAGGUGACAUCUGCUAACAUUUCGGUUGGCAGCACUCCGGAGGCCAAUGAACAACAACUAGCCACCAAAAAUAAUUUGUUUAUAAGCAAAAUAAACAAAGUCAAGGGCCCGUAUAGAGAGUCAUCGCCCACGUCAUCGAACUUGGAUUGGAAUCCGGUACCAAAGCCGAACCGAGCCCAUCAUUCAGCCAACUCUAAUUUCAACAACAAUGGCACGUUAUAAUCCGUUGAAUAAAUGUAUAAACAAGUGAAUAUUUAAAUUAAACAACUAAGUAAUAUGAAAAAUA